GAAAAUCCUCUUAAGCUUACUAAAAAGAUAACUCGCGUAUAUACUUACUUUAAGUCAUGUCGGCAAAUCCCCUACCUAAACUUUACGUGUUCACCAUCUGCCCUUUUUGCGAACGCGUUCUAAUCGCAGCAGCUGAAAAGAAACUGAACAUCGAAACGAUCAUUAUCCCACGAGAUAAUAUUCCAGACUGGUAUGUGGCCCUUAAUCCAAAUAAAACUGUCCCGCUUCUUCAAGUCGAUAACAAAGUUAUGCUCGAAUCAGAAGAUAUUUUAAAAUAUAUUGAUAACAUUACAGAAGCAAAUGGUGAACUUAUGGGCAGCACACCAUUUCAGAAACACCGUAUUGAAUUUUUCUUGAGUCAGAUAAGUUAUCUUACCUCAGCUAUUCAUGAGCUCCUUAAAGAUCCAUACAAUGAAAAUAAGCGAAAGUCUUUGGAGGAAAAUGUCGUGUACCUGGAGAAUAUUAUCAAGGAAACACAAGAAAAGGGUGGUGAUUACUACUGCGACGACAAGUUCACCGCUGCCGACAUCAUGCUGUUACCGUUUCUAAUCCACUUCAAAAGCGUUCUGUCUUACUACAGUGCCUUUGACAUCUUUGAGAAUGCGCCAUGCAUGAAAAAAAUUUGGGCUGCUGGGCGGGAGCGCGCGUCUGUGAAGCCGAUCAUAGCGCCGCCAAAUGCUUAUAUUGUCCACUAUCAGCAUAUGUUGCCUCAAAACCACCAUCUUGCGGGAGCUAAUGGAAAGAAAGUGCUGUACAACAGCAAAAUCUGCCCCUUUGCGAACCGCGUCCGGCUGGCAUGUUUGCUGCGGACGGUCCCCAUUGUUUGUGUGGAAAUUGAUUUGUCAAACAUCCCAUCAUGGUACAGAUACAUCAACCCCCGCGAGACCGUACCGACACUUCUCACGGAGAAUGGGCAAUACAUCCAUGAAUCGAUGCUCAUUGUUAACUACGUUGACAGAGUGGCUCCUGCAACCACUUCGACCCUUCCUCUUCUGCCCAUUGGGGAUGCGGACAAGGAGUACGCUGUCUCCCGCUUCACCGAAGUGGUAAAUGAAUUUACCCAGAUAUUUUACGCCCUCCAUUCCGACCCCGGAAACUUGGAACUCAAGGAGCAGCUGGUGAAUGUUUUUAAAUUUCUUCACACGCAAUUCGAUAAAAAGAUGUUUGGUUGUGGACCUUUCUUUGGAGGGAAAACAAUGAAUAUAUGUGACGUCGCAUUUCUACCUUUCCUUGUGCGUUUGAAAGGAGCCACGCCCGACGUGACAAACGGCUAUGAUGCAUUUAAAGAGUUCCCAUUUUUGGAGGAGUAUUUGAAAGCGUGUCUAAACACAGAAGCAAAAAAUGUGUUCCUCACUAUGCAGGAAUACUUGGAACUUUACAAGGCGUACGUGCAGCGCUUGAAAAGUAAAUAAGAAGUGUGAGUAUCUUUGCUUUUGAAAGAAAAUGCAUUAUGCGAGUAAUUGAAAUAGCUCGAGAAGAGUCAACUAUUGUGUAUUCAAUUCUAUUUUCAUUGAAGUGUAUAAAUUUCACUCUUUUUUAAACAAGACCCCAAACAUAU